AUGGCUGGUCCAACUAAAGUUGCUUUUGUUCAAGUAUGGCCUAAAUGGCUUAUGAUAAUAAUGGGUAUUAUUGAAGUCAUUGCAGUUAUUGUAUUUUUUCUUACGGAAUUGGGUAAUGUGGCAACGAAUUUUUGGGUAACGAAUGUAUUUGCAGGUGGUUGGUGUGGUUGUAUAAUGAUUAUUCAUUUUCUUGCCUUAUUUAUUACUGGAUGUUGUGCACCUGGUCUUACAACUGCUUUUAUUACAUUUUUAAUUACGAUAGUUGCACUCAUUGCUUGUACUGCAAUGGUAGCAUUCGAUGCUGUUUUCAUUGCAUUACCGUCAACAUGUAUAUUAACUCCAUCAUGUGCAGAUUAUGCAGCAUCAACAACAAUGUUUAGUUAUUAUUUUCAACAGGGUUUUUUUAAUAUAUUUACUAACCUCGGUCCAUUUCAAAACUAUACACAAACACAAGCAAAAUUUCUCUUUCAACUUGUACAAUUAUGUGUUGGUGGUUUAUGCAUUGUAUUAUGUCUUGUUUAUAUAAUUGUUUAUUUGGUUUCAAGACAUCGAGCUAAAAAAGUAGCACCUGCUGCUGGAGGAUUACCAAAUUAUCCUGCUCCUCAACCAACUUAUCCACAACAACAAAGACCUAGUUAUAACCCUCAACCAACUGCACCACCAGCAGCGCCAGCCAUCAAUCGAAAUCCUAAUGCACAAAGAAAAUAUUAA